AAAUUCAAUUCUAAAAAUAAGUGUCCUGUAAUAUAAAUAUUGUGAACACGGGCAGAUUGGCGCGGAUCAGGGUAAACCUAACUACAAGCCUCACCUGGCAUGAGGACGGUGUAAAACUUCAAAAUGGCCGUUUUCCUGCACAUUAUACGGUUACUUUUUUGUUUUCUCAUAUUUCCCUCGUUCGGAACAUCUAGCGACCUUUACCGUUGUCCAAAUAUCAGUGGGGGAAUAAUGAGGGCGUUUAAUGAGAAGUGCUACCGAUUUGUUUCCAACGGCAAGACCUGGGAUGAAGCCCAAUGCGAUUGUCAAAGAACGGGAGGUAAUCUCGUCCACAUCAAGGACCGUGCAACACAGAACUUCAUUUAUAACAGUAUCAAAAACGACCUCGGCUGGAGGGUGAACGGGAUGUGGAUUGGUGCGCAUGACCGGACCAUGUCAAAUAGUUAUGAGUGGGUUAAUGGUGACCGACAAAGUCGAGGGACUCCCGUGACGUGGAACUAUUGGGCCCCCGGUCAGCCAUCAUGUGGGCUUUGGUUUUGUAGCGAGUUUUGCAGCCAAAUGCGAUUAGACGACGGAGGACGGUGGCACGAUUACCGCUGUGGACUAUGGUUUACGACUUACUAUUACUGCUGCAUGUACGAUAUGCUUCCUAGGGCAACAAAACCAACAACAACAGCAGUGACAACAACAACAACAAAACCAACAACUACAACGACAACAAGAACAACAACAUCAAUGACAACGAAAACAACAAUGAAGACAACAGGAAGGACAAAAGCGAUGACAACAGUAAAUUCCGAAACAACGGUAAGUGACCUUUACCGUUGUCCAAAUAUCAGCGGGGGAAUAAUGAUGGCAUUUAGAAAUAAGUGCUACCGAUUUGUUUCCAACGGCAAGACCUGGGAUGAAGCCCAAUACGAUUGUCAAAGAAGGGGAGGUAAUCUUGUCCACAUCAAGAACCUGGCAACGCAAAACUUCAUUUAUAACAGUAUCAAACACGACCUCGGCUGGAGGGUGAACGGGAUGUGGAUUGGUGCGCAUAACCGGACGGAGUCCAAACGUUACGAGUGGGUUAAUGGUGACCGACAAACUAGUGGGGCACGGGUGAGGUGGAACUAUUGGGCCUCCGGUCAGCCAUCUUGUAGUCCCGGGAAUUGUCAUGAACUUUGCGGCCAAAUGCGUUUAUUUGAAGGAGGACAGUGGCACAAUUAUCGUUGUGGGCCAGGUUGCAGUAUUUACCACUAUUGCUGCAUGUAUGAUAUGAGUCCUUAGACAACAAAACCGACAUUCGCAACAACACAGCCGUCAACAAGAAGGGCGGAGGCAACAACAAGGGUGAAGAAAAUGACAAGGAUGAAGAAAACAACAAGAAUGGAGGCAACGACAAUGAAUUCCAUCAAGCUCACUCCCUCCCUCUACACUAGGGAACACCUAGUAACAUGGCUUGAGAGAAAAAAUUGUUUUAUUUACAACAAAUUUAUGCAUUAUAUGCUCUAUACAAUUAUAUUGCACUUUGCUUAUUCACAUGAUAUGCAUUUUCAUUUACAAAUAACAAAAUAUUUGUUUUAAGAUAACCUUGUUUACUAACAUUUUAUUAUUAAAGCUGGUGAUAAAUGGUAAUAAAUGUGUAUUGAUGUAUGGCUGACAAAAACAUUCAUACCUGUCUAAAAUUUGAACAAAAUGCCACUCUGGUAAAAAUAUGUGAAUUACAAAUUUGCACAAGUUGAAUUGUUGUAUUAUUAUAAUUUCUGCAUUAUCCUUAGGAGACCAGAAUGAAUCCUGAACACCGAUUUUUUGAAUAGGAAGUCUUCAUUUUGAAUUUUUCAUUAUUUGCUCAAGUCUCUUUUAGGAUUAAUUCUCCACCAUGGACAACUUACUAAAGGUCGUAGACAUGCGAAACGUUCCUGAAAUCAUGUUAUUUGCACAUUUCUUAGUGGUUUAAGAAUGUUUUCCUUGAAAUAUAAACUAAGUAAUAACUACCUAGUAAAGCGUUGGUGUUAUGAUCAUGGUAUAUGCCUUUAAAGUUUUUCGGUGUUGAGAUAUCAUAUCGUCAUGUGUAGAUGACUUGCCGUUUAUGUCACGGUGUCACUUUGCAUUUUGGGUAGUCGGGUUUUACGUGACCUCCCGGUGAAUUGGAAGGUCACAAUGCGUGCGACCAUUCCACAUUUCCCGUCAAUGCUCAUUUAUUUAUUUGAUUGGUGUUUUACGCCGUACUCAAUAAUAUUUCAAUUAUACGACGUCGGACAGCAUUAUGGUGGGAAAAGACCGGGCAGAGCCCGGGCAAAAACCACGACCGUCCGCAGAUUGCUGAAAGACCUUCCCACUUACGGCCAGAGACGCAUGAGCUGGACUUGAAUAGCUAUCACAUGCAUGGGUCAUUUCGUCGCGCCGCACCGUGCUCAAUCCCCUGGGCCAGAAAUGCACCCUUUUUAUCCCCGUCAGUAUAAGCCGGUUCCAGAUUGUGCCAAAACACACCAUUCCAUGCUGUUGCGUUGGCGUGCUAGUGAACCGUCUCUUUGCAUAAUAUAAGUAGGCCUAUAAAGAUUUACUGAAAUCAAGAAAGGAGAGUCGAAGAGUUGAGGACCUUAUAUGAGACGGGGUUUGGACCAGGAAGCCAAAUGCUGCCUAAAUCUGGGCUAAAUGAAAUAUGCAACGUCUCUAGGUUAUACUUUAGCAUGUAGGAUAGAACGUCAAUGAAAGAAUUUUCUUUGAGUCAGUCUGGUUUGACAGAGAAUCCAUACAAAUAAACGGAAUCUAAGAAUACGCGCGCGGGGUUGUAAGGAACUGUCAAAUGAACAUACAAAAAGAAACAAAACACAGUAAUUCAAAAGUAAUUUAUCGGCAUGAUAACGAUUUUGAUAUAUGCACGCGCCUGUCGUCGUGCUGUGUCAUAAUUACUUCCGUAGUUAAAGGUGGAGAAAACAUAAAAAUGACAUACAGUUCAGAUGAAAGAGUGCGAAAAGUUAUUCCUGAAUAUGGUCUUCAAUAUUUUUUCCGAUUUUUCCUUAAGGAGAAAAAAAGACACUUGAAAAUAAUUUUUGUAUGGUGGGUAUUUAGGGCAAACUUUUGGUAUUUAUAAUGUUUGUUUAAUAAUGCCAUAAAUGAGGAAGUAACACAGGUUUAAUAAAUAUUUUUUCACUAGAAUUUGUUCUUUUCAGCUUCGUGACACAAACAGGCCCCUUCGCCGAAUGAAACAUCACACUAUUGCAAAUAUAUUUUUUCGGUAAACUAAACAUGAUAAACUGCAAUUUUCCCAGUGCACAUUAUUAUUAAUAUAGGGCCUACAUGUUUUUCCCGUCCUUGGACCUACAUAUUUAGAUAUGUUUAUGAGUUAGCUCCCUUUGAUGGGACUUGUCAGUCGAUUGAAAUGGAGCAGCCUGACAAACUUCGUCGAGUUCAACCCUAAAAAAUCGAACCACCUGGACAUUUUUCAUGGAGUUUGACAUAUAGUUCAUUUUAUUGUUUUCCUUUCUUUUUAUAAGAGUUACUUAGCGUAGGCGGUUUUUAAAGUACAAAACUUCAUGCAACAUGUACUAUAAUAACGUCCUUUUUUUAUUAACAAUUUUUCUGCAAGCAUGGCUGCAACUGUCGUAAGGUUGUGAAUUUUGAUUAUUUCUCAAAGAUUUUGCUUUUCCAGAUCACAUGAUAUAGUGUCACGAAGUUAUAUAUACCUGUUUUUCCAAACUGAUAAUGUGCCAAAAUUACAUUGGUUUAUGUAGGUUUGCUUGUUUUAACGUUCAGUACACAUAGAAGUAGCAAUUCUCCCAUGGAAGGAGAAAUCAUCUACAGUGUAAUCUGACCAAAAAAUGGACUCAUUUGUCUCCAAGAACAAUCUUUUUUUUUUUAAUUUAGUGAUUGCGUUUCAAUGCGAUGACGUUGCAGUUCUAUCCAGCCCAAAAAGCAGAAUAAUUAAUAUAUU